ACCUUCUGAGUCCGCGUUGCUGUGUGCUGUGUGGUGGUAGCUUUUUUCGUCUCUCCUCUAGUGUGAAAAUUCUGUGAAUUUUCCCGAUUUUCCGUUCGAUGGUGCCAUUCUGAGCCUCAUUCAACGACGCGAAAGCAUCAAUUGCACAAAUAAUAUUCGUUUACAAGCACGCGUUCACGAUUUUUGGGAAAUAAUUGCUUCAAAUAAUCGCGGUACGCUAAUAGUAAGAAAUAACGGAAGAAGAACAAAGUGUGAGGCCAGCGCGAGAGUGAAAAGAGUAGUCCAACAAAAUGUCGGACCCAGACGCAUUAAACAUCGAUCAUCUGAUUGCUAUGCUUUUGGAAGUUCGUGGUGCAAGGCCAGGAAAAAAUGUUCAGCUGUCGGAAAAUGAGAUUCGUGGCUUGUGUUUAAAAUCUCGAGAAAUUUUCCUGUCGCAGCCGAUCCUUCUUGAAUUGGAAGCACCACUGAAAAUUUGCGGUGAUAUCCACGGUCAGUAUUACGAUUUGCUGCGCUUGUUCGAAUACGGUGGUUUCCCACCAGAAUCGAACUACCUCUUCCUGGGUGACUACGUGGAUAGAGGAAAACAAUCGCUUGAAACCAUUUGCCUACUGCUUGCCUACAAAAUCAAAUACCCGGAAAACUUUUUCCUACUAAGGGGAAACCACGAAUGCGCCAGUAUCAACAGAAUAUACGGAUUCUACGAUGAAUGCAAAAGGCGUUACAACAUCAAGAUGUGGAAAACAUUUACGGAUUGCUUCAACUGCUUACCGGUGGCGGCUAUUGUGGAUGAGAAAAUCUUUUGCUGUCACGGUGGGCUGAGUCCAGAUCUGCAAUCAAUGGAGCAAAUCCGACGCAUCAUGAGACCAACCGAUGUACCCGAUCAGGGGUUGCUCUGUGAUCUACUGUGGUCCGACCCGGAUAAGGACACCAACGGCUACGGAGAGAACGAUCGUGGAGUCAGUUUCACGUUCGGUGUGGAUAUUGUUGGCAAAUUUUUAAGUAAACAUGACUUUGACUUGAUAUGCCGAGCUCAUCAGGUAGUGGAAGAUGGGUACGAGUUCUUUGCCAAGCGGCAACUAGUUACUCUCUUCUCUGCGCCUAACUACUGUGGCGAGUUUGAUAAUGCAGGAGCAAUGAUGUCUGUGGACGAUACGCUGAUGUGCUCUUUCCAGAUUCUGAAACCAGCUGACAAACGUAAGUUUCAAUACAGCGGCAUAAAUUCUGGACGACCGGUUACACCGCCACGAGGUUACAGUAAAAAUAAAAAGAAAUAAGCAGACAAUAGGUAAAGAGAGGUAUAAAACAAUUAAAAAAAAGUUUACGACAUGAAAUUGCACCUAACUCUUUUUUACGCGAAGUUGCUUAUUUUUGCCUAAAAUGAGUGUAAAAUUACGACAAAAAAAAUGCCUGAAAAAGAGUUGAGUGUCAAGUACAGAAUGACUUAGCAAGUAAUAAAUCUUUGAAAGUGAGCUUCUCAGCUCAUAAUAAUUUAAACGUCAAGAAACCAGCCUACACACAUACAUGCACACACUCAUAGAAACAAACAAAUUAAUCCACAAGGAGAUUACACCGAAGCUAAUAGCUGUUAAAUAUGUUCUGAUAAUAUACAUAACAAAACAACAAUAGCGACCCCUCUGAGAAGGCUUCGAAUGAUUUUAAUAUUGUUUCCUGUUAAAACGAGACUAUUUUGGGUUGAUUUUUCUUAGCACUGUCCGACGUUUCGUGAAAUCAUCCUAAUCCAAUUUAUCUAAAUUCGCUUUUUAUUAGAAACUAUCUUGUCUAGUCAUUCCUGGGAUGACAAUUCUGCCAAAUUAAAAAAUCGAUGAUAGGAUUGGUCAAUUAAUUAAGAAGAGGUCGACAAAUUAAGUUAGGUGCAGGAAGAAGACAUGGAAAUCAGUUAAAAUGGGCAAAUGAAGUUAGGGAAUUAAUAGAAAAUGACAAAAUUUAGCUCGAAUCAACUCAAUCUAAUAUAUAAAAUUCGCACCGAUAAACACUUCAUAAGUAAUGAAGAUGUUUUUAGAAAGGGAAGCAUCGUUUUCUUUAUUUUAUAUUUUGUUUAACAUGCUAGUUAAAAUGUCAAGAAGAGAGCUCAGCGAUAAUGUUGGCUGUCAUGCUCCUCUCCCACAAACAAAAUCAAAUUAUUUUGAAAAUAUCGUAUUUGCCCCAUACAUUGCGUUUUGCAAAUUGGUCUAUUCUGUAAAAUAGCACUUCGGAUGUUUAUUGUGCAUCAAACCUAUUUCAAAAAAUGAUUUUCCUCGAAAUGUCGGAUAGUCUCUUUUGUAUUUGCGUGUACCUUUUCAUUAGGAAAUGGUUUGAUACUUGUCUAAUAUCAUGUAAUGUUGCAGAUGAUACAGUGUCUAAGCUAUAAUGCAAAGGUUAUCAUUUUACUAUUAUGUUUGUAAUUUUAUAAUGGUAAUAAUUAUGAGCAUUGAAAAUUAUAUUUAUUUUUUCAUUCGUUAGAGAAGGUAUGUGAACAAAUAAAUAAGUAGGGAGCAUUAUCAAAACAAACUGCUGACAAUGCCGGCAAGUAUGUAGCUAACCAAACUCAAAAUGAGUUAAAUGGUAAUAAAGAACAAUGAGCAGAAGUUUAUUCAUUUGUUGUCAUAGAAAUGAUUCUGUAACCUUAAAACAGACACAUUGGGCUAUUGCUUAUCACCAAUAAUUUGGUACAGAGUGAAACAAGGGCGCAUGUUUCGAAUAAUGCUCGAGUCAUCUGAAACAAUUUCUCGCAAAUGAAUCCAGAUUGGUGAAAAAGAGCGUCCUUAGUUUACUUUCCGUUACCCACUCUAUCCUUUGCCGAUGUGUUUAUUUUCCUGUUUUAACAAAUUAAUGAACAUGUUUCUUUAACUCAUCACCAGGUGGUUUUCAAAAACUGGCCAAAAACAGCAAAUUUUAAGGGAAAAUGGUCGAAGAUUUUACGUUUGCUCCGAAUGUGAGUAUUUAGUUCUUAUAUUUUGUCCCAUUUCCUAAUAUUUUUGUUGUUGUUUCUCUUAACAUCCUUGCUAUUUUCUGUUAUUGUCAUUUCCUUUUGUGGUGUGGCUAGGCGAGGAAUUUUCAUUUGUUGUAAAUAUUGGCCUUCAACUCCUGGUGCAUUAUUGUUUUUGGUCUUUGUAAUCAACUGCCAUCAUGAUCAUUUUCCAUUCGCCUCGUGAAUUAUCUAUGAUAACAAUUGAUUGAAAAUUGCGCGAAACACGGUUCCGGUAACCGUCGCGACAUGAAGCUAAUUUAGAUUAAUUUUGGAAUUAUGUGGCAAACAUUAUUAAGUUGCACAAAACUCUUAGCUCUGAGAAGAAUGAUAGUGAAAUGAUAAACAAAAAAACAUUUUCAAUCAAAUGCAAGCGUACGACCCUUCGUUACAUCAACAUUUUUGUUUUGAAGUGUUACUUUUACUAUGUAUUUGUUAUUGAAUUUUUCGCUAAAAUAAAACGAAACGAAACCUCAAAUCUUCUCUUGAAACAAGUACUCCGUUGUAAUAAGCUUAGCGUAUAGUUCUCGCUAUAACUUAUAACCAGCAACUGUAAAAAAUACUAACCAUACACUCGCGCAUUUGUUUGAUAUUUAUAACAACUCUUCGAUCCGUAAAUAAUCAUACGAUGUUCUACUGAGGAACUUCGAAUGACGAGUUGGACACUGCGUUGUUUUUCUAUCAAGCAAACACGCAAAUACGGUAAUUAAUUGUACUGUACAGAGAGACGGAUGCAAGAAUUUUCUUGAAAAGCGUUGCUUCUGCAGAAUUCUAAAUGUCUUAAUGUCCCUCUUUCGACACAGACAGCACCAGAAAAGUGAAACAGUACUCAUAAUUUUAUGUAUGUAUUUCCUAUUAAAACAAUAAUUUAAACUGACCACUGUUUCACUACGAAUAAUAUGAUAAACCAAAAGUAUGAAACAUUGGUAGAAUUUUUUAUAAAAUAACUCAAUAACAGAAAAUGGUUGCCAUUCGACAGCCGCAAACCUAAACCAACUACAACAGCAACUAGCAAUAUUGCGACUAGCACUGAUCAAACUACACCAAACAAAGAUCAGCAAACGUUGCUUUACGACGAUUUCUCUUCCACUGGAAAGAAUCAAAACUUGUAUGACCAAAAAGGGCAGCAACAAGAAGAACAACUGCAGCAGCUUAUAGAAACAACCUCGGCUUCUCCGAUAAUCAAGCACCAGUGCGCCGAAAAAGCAGUAACUUCUUCAGCACUGACAGCUGAUUUCAAUGAUGAGCAUUCAGCUCAUGUUCUAUCUUCAUCGUGUGCUUCGGCUUCCACCAUCACUACUAUAUAUGAUGACAAAUGAUGAAAAUUUCCGAAAGGGCAAACAAUAUUAAAAAUAAAAAAUCGAACGACUGGCGAAAAUGUAUUGGAACAUAUUUAGAACAUUUGCAAACUAUAGUUAAACUUUACGUAGUAAGUAUGUGUGCAGAAGAAAUGUGCAUAUGAAAAUCCAUUGCGUGACAUGGAAUAGAAAGAUAGACGAGCAAAGGCAAUGAGUAAGAGAAUAACGGACGAUUUUUAUCGAAGAGUGUAUCAACAAGACACAUAACAGAUGCCGAUAAAUGCAAUGGAAAUAGAAUGAUAAUGAUCAGAGAAAACCAGACAAAACAGAAAUUCAACUUGCAUCAUACAGAAAAUAACUGGUGUAAUAAAAAUAUCCUAAAUUA